CGAUUGUCUCCACCAUGAAGCUGCUGACUGUGUCCAUCCUUCUCUUUGCCCUGCUGGCUCUGAGCUGUGCUGCUGAUUCCCAGGAGGAAACUGCCACCCAAGAACCUCAGGCUGAGGAGGCUUUAAUGUUUGCUGUGGAAGAGGAAUCUGAGGGGGCCGAAGCAGCUCCAGAGGAAGAAGCAAAAGAAGAAGAACAAGUAGAAGGAGAAGAACAAGUAGAAGAAGAACCUGAAAGUGAUGCUGACACAUCAGAACCAAGUCAUGUGGUCAAGAGAACGACGUCUUGCCCCAGCGGUUGGACUUUAUAUCGAUCUCGCUGUUUCCGCUACUUUUCAUCUGCUUACACCUGGGCUCAGGCUGAGAACUACUGUAGAGCACAAGGUGGAAACCUGGCAACCGCACCAACCAACAGUGAAUAUGAUUGGCUGAGAAGCUUCAUCUACAGCCAGGCUAACACAUACAGAUUGUCUUGGAUUGGAGGCUCUGAUUCUCAGGAGGACCGCAUCUGGUUCUGGAGUGACGGCUCACGAUUCCAAUUCAACGACUGGUGCAAUUCAGGGCCUCCAAGCAGCGGCACAUACAACUGCCUGGCAGUGAAUUAUCCUAUCUCCAGUUGCUAUUGUGGGAUUGCCCGCCCAUGCAACUACCGUUACCCGUUCGUCUGUGCUAAGAAUUAAACUCAGAACUGAAGGAACAUCCGACGAAGACGAUGAACGUCUAACUUCUCUCUCUGCUGUAACGCUAUGAAAUGAGUGACGCGACAAGAUUCAGGAGGUGGAUUUUCUCCUUGGUCAUGUACCAAAGAGGAAACUGAAUGUGGUGUGGAAAGAAUGCUUUUACCUCAGCUUGACUUUCAUCUUUUCUCUAUUGCAAAAUAAAGUUUCUG